AUGUCUCUCCCUCCUACUGUAAAGUCAUUGUUCAAGCUGAUAUCCAAUCCCCCGUUAUGUGUGAACAAUCUACACGGAUGGGUCAAAUCUGUUAGGCUUCUCAAAAAGGUUGCAUUCAUUGAUCUUCAAGAUGGAACUACAUCAAAACCUAUCAAAUUGGUCAUUCCUCGCGAAGCAAACGAUUGUCUCAAACAAUUACGCACCGGACAAUCAUUACACAUCAAAAAAGCCAAUUGGAAACAAACCCCUUCGAGAGAACAGUCUUUCGAGCUCGAAGCACUCCCACAAUCUGUACGUAUAAUCGGCGAUGUUCCUGAUACUUACCCUUUACAAAAAAAAUAUCAUUCACUUUCGUUUCUAAGGUCGUUACCGACCCUUAAACAUAGAUCAAACUACUUAGGAGCAUUACUACGGUUCAGAUCUCAUGUCGAAAACUCGUUCGCCUCGUUCUUUGAAUCACAAGAUUUUACCAAAGUUUCACCUCCAAUAUUAACUUCUAGUGAUUGUGAAGGCGCGGGUGAGCUAUUCAGAGUCGAAUCUAACUCAAAAAUUGCAUCUAAAGAAUUAUAUUUUGGGAAACCAACUUACCUCACGGUAUCGACACAAUUGCAUCUCGAGAUUAUGGCCAUGGCCUUGUCCCGAUGUUGGACCCUUUCUCCCAGCUUCCGCGCAGAGGAAAGCGAUACAAAUCGUCAUUUAGCAGAGUUCUGGAUGCUCGAAGCAGAGUUGUGUUUUAUCGACGAUGUCCGGAAAUUGUCAAAAUUCACAGAAAGCAUGUUGAAAUACGUUAUCCGAUCAUGCCUACAAAAUAAGGAUUCAUUACUCCCAGCUAUGGUUCCACAGGAAAAUACAGAAUCUUUGGAUAAUAUCGCUCAACGUUGGGAAGCAAUGCUACUGAAAGAAUGGCCCAUCCUUUCAUACACAGAAACAAUAAAAUUACUCCAAGAAAGGCAUAAAAAAGUUGCAUUCAAAUUCCCACCGUCUUGGGGAAAUGCCUUACAAACUGAACAUGAAAAAUGGCUUGCUGAUUCCUAUAAUUCCCCAGUUUUCGUUGUGGAUUAUCCACGCGAAUGUAAAGCUUUUUACAUGAAGCAGAACAAUGACGACACUGUUGCAUGUUUUGAUCUUUUGGUUCCUCAAAUGGGAGAAAUAAUAGGAGGAAGCAUCAGAGAAGAUGACUACGAGAGAAUAUUACAGGAAAUGGAGCGCAGAAAAAUGAACACCAAAGACCUGGAAUGGUAUACUUCCUUAAGAAAACAAGGUAGUGCACCCCACGGCGGCUUUGGUUUGGGACUGGAGCGUUUCGUAUCAUGGAUGUUUGGCUCCCAAAAUGUACGGGAUGCGAUUCCUUUCCAUAGAAGCGCAGAUGGUGUCAUUGAUUUAUAA